UAAAUCCUUACAGGUGCCCCUCACUCAAUGACGUUAUGACUCCGUUUGUUGCUGCAGGUACAAACGAAACUGAAGCUUCACUGCUUCUGGGGAAGUUACAUGUAUUAAUAAUUAAAUCACCAUAGCUUCCCCAAUUUCAAUCUUACAUCUCCAUCUUCGAAUUAUUUCUGCCGAAUUGUAAUUCACCAUCUUCCAACCAGAAACAAUAAGUCAAAGUCACAAGUCUAACAGUUAUCAUGUCGAUCCCAACCUCCACGUCCGUUGUCGAGUCCGCCGUAAUCAAGGCGCCUCUCAGUCACGUCUGGCAUCAUAUCAAGCUCCAGAAUUUCCACAACUUCUGGUCCGCCCUCAAGUCGAGUCAGUAUGUUAAGGGUACUAGUGAUGAGACCGAUGUUGUGAAGUGGACCUUCAAAGAUGGCACCGAGCUCGAAGUGAAGCAGGAGGAGCACAGCACUAUCAAUCACUACAUUACUUACAGUGUCAUCACCGCCAAGCCUGAGCUGACCUACUCUUCCGUCCUCUCUACCAUUCGCUGCUACGCUGUUACUUCGGGCGAGUUGGAGGGAAGCACCUUUGUAGAAUGGACUGGAAAUUUCUCCAGCGAUGCUGAUGCAGGUGUUAUUCAGGAUGCCAAAUUCAAGCGUCGUGAUGCCCUGGCCGACUUGGCCAAGGCGGCGACAAGCAAAUAGACUGACGAUAUUCCUAGCAGUAGACUACCUUUGGGGAAAUUCUAGGGGGAAGGGUGAAAAGUCUUGUCUUGUCGAUGUAUAAUUAAGUAGCUAUGGCAGACAGAAAAGGGUAUGAUAGGUAUGCAAUGAAACACUGGUACUAGUAGGAGACAAUCAGAACUCAUGAUGAACAAUCAAUAAUGCUUCUUUGAAAUGAGUCGCAUCUAUACGCUAGGUAUUCCGUCUAGCCCGCCCAUUCCAUUGUGAAUACUUAAGCCAAGCCAUCGGCCACAGUCAAUAUAUUGAGAUGACUAUGUUAAUAGAUUAAAUCAGCUCGGACAGCGAUACUUCAGACCGCGAAAGCGGUAGCAAAUAACCAGAUUAGACACCUAUAUC